UUUUCCGCCGGGACGGUGGUCGGUCGUUCAGCAUUUAAUUGUUUGUUUUACCAGCAGCAGCACAAGGAAUUGAAAAUGGUUGGAAAGCGCAAGAGAGACGCUGCUGUUGUCUCCAGGACUACGAAGGUGGAUGAGGAGGAGGAGAGGACGACGUCACAGACUGCAACGACUGAUGCGUCUGCUGCGGACGUUUUUCGCAAAUUCUUUGAAGCGCAGUUUCAACCGUUGGAGGUGCCUGGGGGCCAGGUGACUCGCAAUGAUGAGUCGGAUGAGGAAGAGAGUGAGGACGAGGACUUUGAGGAGGCAUCUGAAUCGGGCUCUGAUUGGGAUGGCCUUUCCGGAGAGGAAGAUGAGGCUCCGGUUGAGGUAGUUGAGCAUCGUGAUAUCAAGAGUCAGGAUUUAAUGGACAAAAAGGCGCGCAAGGCGUUCAUGACCUCGAAACCGCCCUCAUAUUCCGAAGAGCCGAAGCCUGCGAAAAAGAAGGCCAAGAAGGAAAAGAGUGAUGACGACGAGGAGGAUGCCAUGGAUGCGGAUAAUCUGAAGAAUAAUCUCGCCUUGCAACGGCUUCUGAAGGAGUCCCACCUGCUCGAGUCAGCAAACGAACUUGCGCCAACCGGUAAAAACCGAAUCAAGGCUCUUGAUCUGAGAAUGCAGGAACUGGGGGCAAAGGCGUCUCUGUAUAAGCAGAAAAUGCCCACAGCGCACAGAAGAGGUAUCAAGGAGAAGGCGGACAUGAAGGAAGAUAGGCGUCGACGUGAAGCCAAGGAGAACGGUAUUAUUCUCGAGAAGCCCGCACCCAAAUCAAAUCCAGCCAGCACCAAGCGUCGGGAGCGCGGUGUCGGAGGUGCUUCUAUCGGAAAAUUUGCGGGUGGUGCUUUGAACUUGAGCAAGCGUGACGUGGCCGCCAUUCAAGGCCCGCGCCGCACGACAAAGGGCAAGGGCAGAGGCAGAGGACGUCGUUAGACCUGCCUGAGAGACAUGAAUGGCAGUACUAGCCACGCCUGACACCACUCCCAGUCAGAUCCUUUCAUGUCCCGUGCGCGCCCGGAGCGCGGCGCCCUGAUUCGACAUGGGUUGGUUGUCGACGUAUCCUAGCCCCAGUAAUUCUUACCGGAAGAGGGGUUGUAGUCUAGUUUCUUUACAUGAGGAACUCUCUAUCAAUC